AUGGAGGCUCCAAGAGUCCUUCUCACUGGUGCUACUGGCUACAUAGGCGGAACCGUUUUGAGCACCAUCUUGACCUCAUCCCAUCCUUCUCUCAAAAACAUACACAUCACAGUCCUCGUUCGUCGACAAGACCAAGCCGACAUUCUCUCCAGUCUCGGUGUCACUCCCAUUCUUUUCAAAAGCCUAGACGACACCGAGUUGCUCACUGAAGCAGCAUCAACCCACGACAUCGUCAUCCAUGCCGCAAACGGUUAUCAUAUCCCUUCUGCAAAGGCCCUCCUAACAGGCCUAGUUCAACGCAAAGCAAAGACAGGAAAUCCAGUGCACUACAUUCACAACUCUGGUACUUCCAACUUUGGCAAUCGGCCCGUCUCUGGAAAGUAUCUUGAAGGACCAAGGGUGUUCUCGGACAAAGAAGACAUUUACGCUUACGAAAAGUUUCGAGAGGAGAAGGAACAGUAUAAGCAACGAACCGGAGACGUCAUCGUUUUCGAAACAGGCGUUGAACUAGGUGUCGAGACGUACAUCAUCUGCUCACCUCUGAUUUACGGUUGUGGAACGGGUCUCUUUAACAAAUCAUCCAUUCAGAUUCCUAUCAUGAUCAGAGCUGCUCUUGAAAGGGGCGAAGCUAUCUACGCAGGCGAUGGUCUAGGAGUAUGGGAUCACACGCAUGUUGAAGACAUCGCCAGUCUGUACACCCUCAUCGUGGCCAAGGUCCUCGGUGAGGAGAAUAUUCAGUCAGGAAAAGACGGUUUUUACUUUGCCAAUCACGGGAGUCAGAGCUGGCUGGGUAUAGCAAAAGGUAUUGCAAAGGUAGGUCACCAAAGAGGAAAACUCGCUGCUGAACCAAAGAGUGUUUCUUUAUAUGAGGCGAGCCGGGUGUUUUUCAAUGGUGAUGAGGAUAUGACGGAACCUGCCAUUUGUUCUCAUUCUCAAACACGAGGAGACAAGAGCCGGGCGUUGGGGUGGAAGCCAUUAAAGGACGAUUCACGAUGGGAAGAGACUAUAUCUGAAGAGUUUGAUGUUGCUCUGAAAGCUAUGGGUUGA